AUGGAAGACUCCCUUUCCUUUCUCACUCCUACCGGCUAUCAGCGAAGUAGUUGCGGCUAUUGCCAUUCUAAACCAAAACGCACCCGCGCUUCUGUAGGGCUCGUGUCUACUUCUCUACACCCUUCUGUCUAUCAGAUCUUGGUAGAUCGAGGCUGGCGCCGAUCUGGCACAUAUUACUACAAGCCUGACAAUCGGCAUUCGUGCUGUCCACAUUACACUAUUCGCUUAGAUGCGACGGCAUUUGAUUCAAGAAGAGACCAACGUCAAGCGGUCAAUCGAUGGAACAAGUACGUAGUGGGACAAGAUUACACCCAUAAGGCUGCUAGAUUCUGCCCAAAGAGUAGGGAAGAGAAGAGGCAUCGCAAAAACAACUUUGAUGUCUACGAAGCUGUUCAUGAGUCCGAGUAUCACUGUAUGCGACGGCCAAUCGACACUCGGACGAAAGAGCCGAUUGAACCAGCCCACGAAUUUGAAGUAGCCCUAGAGCCAGACAACUUCACCGAGGAGAAAUACGCACUCUUUGCAAACUAUCAGAAAAAGGUCCAUCAUGAAGGUCCUUCUGAUAUUUCAAAAAAUGGUUUCAAGCGCUUCCUUUGCUCCGGCUUACCUCGGAGUACUCGUAUUCAUCAUGGCAAAGCAAAGAAGAUCGGCUCCUAUCACCAGUGCUACCGAUUAGAUGGAAAAUUGAUUGCUCUAGGUGUACUCGAUCUCCUUCCUCACUGUGUGAGCUCUGUUUAUCUCAUGUACCAUGAAGAGGUCAAUGGAUGGAAUUUUGGCAAAAUUUCCGCACUUCGAGAAAUCUCUCUAGCGCUUGAAGGCGACUAUGAGUACUACUACAUGGGCUACUACAUCCAUUCAUGUAUCAAGAUGCGGUACAAAGCAACAUUCCAUCCAACGUACAUCCUAGACCCUCAGUCAAACGUCUGGGAUCCUCUGGACUCGGAGAUGAUGCAACGUCUUUCAACACGUAAAUGGGUGUCUAUGGCUGCUGAGCGGGUACUAGAAGUCUCCUCCAAUUCUCUUACGAUUUUCCUGCAGUCUGACCGGACAACAACCUCGAGCUUUCGAAAAGAGUUGAACAUGGGUCCCAGCAAAUUCAAGUUCGCCCUUGAGUACAUUAAUGGGCAGGACCAAAAACAGGACUCCGAGGGCGAAGAAGUAUCGAAUGUGUUUCACGCAGGCACGCCAGGAGCUUUGUCCUUGGAGGAGUUAGAUGAGAAAGUCGACCUUGGUCAGUGGAGUUUAAAACUCGGGCAACGCCUCCUUAAGCUGAAGAACCUAGCUGGCUGGGACGAAAGUCAGACAUCCGAUUCGUCGUCGAUUAAAGGGAUCGCGGCAGAGCUAGCUGCUUGUAUUGGGCCGGAAUUGGUCCAAAAGACAGCGCUCCAUUUUGGGUAA